AUGAUCAUGGACAAUUUCUUGCCUGCCGGUGCCGCAGGCAGUGAUUUCUCUCUGCUUCUACCGCGACACUACCGAGAGGAUGUGGUGCGGUUCUUGCAGCAGGACAUGCCAAGCUUUGACGUCGGAGCCUUCGUAGUUGGCAGCACGCCGGUCAAGGCACAUUUGCUGGCAAAGACUCCCGGCAUUUUGGCCGGUAUGCCUUUUUUCAACGCAGUUUUCGAGGAAUUGGGAUGCGAAGUGCAGUGGUUCGUCACGGAAGGAUGCAGACUCGACUUGUCGUCGGCUGCGGAAGCAGAUGCGCGGGGCAGUGUACCUCCUGAAGACACAGGUGACUUCGACGCGACACCUUCGCAUUUCAGGGGCCGCAAGAAAAUAGCAGAGGUAACAGGGCCCGUCUGCCGCGUGCUGCAAGGUGAGCGAACGGCGCUCAACAUUAUUUCCCGAUGCAGCGGCAUUGCAACUCAAACCAACCACUUGGCUGCGAUCAAGCAACAACAUGGUUGGCAUGGUGAAAUAGCGGCUACACGCAAGGUGACUCCUGGCUUUCGCCUUUUUGAGAAAUACGCAGUUAUCGUUGGGGGAGGUGUUCCUCAUCGGAUGACUCUCAGUGAUAUGACUAUGCUCAAGGAUAACCAUUGCUGGGCGUGCGGUGGUGAUAUUCAGGCUAUGGUGAGAAAAGCUCGCAGCGCCUGCGGCUUCUCUAACAAGAUUGAGGUGGAAUGCCAGUCCCUCGCCGAAGCUCUGGAGGCCGCGGGUGCAGGAGCUGAGGUGGUCAUGCUCGACAACUUCCCGGCACCCGAGGCAAAGGCAGCCGCUGCCAAGCUCAAGGAGCACUUCCCGCAUGGCCUCACGGUGGAAAUAAGUGGAGGCUUGAAUGAGGAGACGGCAUCGGAGUACUUCAGCGAGCAUGUCGAUGUUCUGAGCUUUGGCGGCCUAACACAUGGCUAUGAUGUACUAGAUUUUUCGCUGAAAGUCGUUGGAUAA